AAUUCAAAGUUAAAAAGGCAAAGUGCUAUACAUUUUUCUGCUUUCUGUGUUAGUGGCUUCUUCCCUCGGCCACCUCCAAAUUCCCAAGCCUUUCGCCGCCUUCUACUACUCCAAAAUCUUCUCUUUUACUGCCCCAAAUCUUCUUUACAUCAUCAACCACUACACUUCUUUUUUCUUGGAGCUCAUAUACCCAAGUGGGGUUCAGUUUAGUUGUUAUUUCUACUUUUUUGGGAAUGCUAUAAAGAGCAUGUGGUGAGCCAAGAAUUGGUGUUUUCAAGAAAAAAAUUGUAUCUUUGAGGAAAAUUGUAGUUCAAGAAUAAGAUCUUCUUGCAGAAAGUUAGGUGUUUUUUUCUUCAUUGGAUGAGAGCUGUGUACUUAGUGAGCUGAGUUGGGGUGUUUUGAAGAGUGUUACUGGACCAGGUGUGGAAGACUUCCUAGUAAUGCUAGAGUUCCUAAACAUAGAGAAAUUCUAAGUAGCAGUUAUCACUACACUUGUUCAUCAUGCCUCUCUCUGAGUUCUUGAAAAUGGCUAGAGGGAAGCUUGAAUCUGCGCAGCAGAAGAUUUCAUCUACAACAAAUCUGUCUUCUUUUCCUGAAGAUGACUUGGUUGAGCUUAAAUGGCAAAAUGGUCAGAUUGUUAUGCAAGGACAGUCCAGUAGUGCUAAGAAAAGUCCUGUUCGUAAUGAUCUUUCGUUAAGUGCCACAGGGGAUCGAGACAAGUACACGGGCAAUUCAUCGACCUCUAAGAUUGGGAAGUUUGGUCUGGUGGACUCUAUGUUGGAUGAUAUGCCUUUAUCUGUGCCCACUGGUGAAUUAGAUUUGAUUCAAGAGGAUGAAGAAGUGCCUUGGUUAGGUUAUUCAGCAGAUGACAGUCUGCAACAAGAUUAUUGUUCUCAACUGUUACCUGAAAUAUCUGAUGUGACGGCGAAUGAACAACCCAGACAGAGUCUAUUUGGUUUAAUGAAUAAGAGAGGCAGUUCUGAUAAGAUGAUUGGGGAUUCACAUAGUGUUCCUGUUCAUAAUGCUGUGAAUUUUGAGCAAAGAAAUACAUCGAAGGUUUCUCCUUCUUCAAGAUUUAGCCUGUUAAGUUCACUGGCAUCUCCGAAAGGUCAAACGCCCCUUCCUAACCUAGAGUCAGGAGCUUCAGAUAUCUUUAACCGUAAAAAUAGCAAUACUCCAAUAUCUGUUUUGAGGGAUUCAAGUCAAAGUCAAGUUUCAGCUGGUGAUGUUAAGAACAAUAAAAUUCAAAAGCAAAAGAUGCCUGGAAAUAGGUCCAAUUUGUUGAAUUUCUCACAUUUCUCAAGACCUGCAGCUAAGCUUCAAAAUAUUACUGGGGGUUCAAAUGUCCCAGGUUCAUCCAUAUUAGAAGCAAAGGGGAAAAAAGACGGAGAAAAGGGGACAAUUGGUGACAAUCGUGUUAGUGCUGCAGCUGCUGAAAAUUACUCAACUUCCAAGAAGGAAAAUGUUUUCCAUCAUCCAACUAAUGCAGUAGUGUCUUCCCAACUCGAGUCAAAAGCAUCUGGAGCUAACUUUCAUGUCAGAUCAUGUGGUGUUGAACAGUCUGAUAAUGUAUUCAGAGAGUGUUCAAGUAAUAAUGACGACACCCGUGGCCAAUUCACGGGUGCAAAGGCAACCAAGGAUAUUGCCGAUGGUGAGAGAAAUGUUGAACAUGGGGUUGCUUGCUCAUCUGUAUGCUCUGGUAGCAGUGCAGAGAGAGGAUCGAGUGAACAGCCUCUUAAUCUCAAGAGGAAAACCCGAGAUAAUGAGGAAUCCGAGUGUCGAAGUGAAGAUGUCGAAGAAGAAUCUGUUGGUAUUAAAAAAACUUCUGCUGCUCGAGGCGGUACAGGUUCAAAGAGAAGCCGAGCUGCAGAGGUGCAUAAUUUAUCUGAGCGGAGGCGAAGGGAUAGGAUUAACGAAAAGAUGCGUGCAUUGCAGGAGUUAAUACCCAACUGCAACAAGGCGGAUAAAGCUUCAAUGCUUGAUGAAGCUAUUGAAUAUUUGAAGACACUUCAACUGCAAGUACAGAUAAUGUCAAUGGGAGCAGGGUUUUGCGUCCCACCAAUGAUGUUUCCUACAGGAGUGCAGCACAUGCAUGCUGCCCAGAUGCCACAUUUCUCCCCAAUGGGUUUAGGGAUGGGUAUGGGAAUGGGAAUGGGUAUGGGAUUUGGGAUGGGUAUGCUUGAGAUGAAUGGUAGAUCCUCUGGCUGCCCUAUUUUUCCAAUGCCCUCUGUGCAAGGAGGACAUCUUCCCUCACCUCCUAUUCCUGCUUCCACUGCUUAUCCAGGAAUGGCUGUAUCUAAUCGUCAUGCCUUUGCACAUCCUGCUCAAGGACUUCCAAUGUCUAUCCCUCGAGCAUCUCUGGGUCCUUUGGCAGGGCAAUCGUCAACUGGUGCUGCGGUCCCUUUGAACGUUGUAAGGCCAGGAAUUCCAGGGGAGAUACAGAGUGCACCACCGAUUUUGGAUUCCAAGAAUCCAGUACACAAGAACUCACAGAUAGUCCAUAAUGCUGAACCAAGCCGCCCAAUACAUCAGACAUGUAGUCAGGUAAAAGCAACAAAUGAAGUUCUGGACAAAUUAGUGCUGCAAAAAAAUGACCAACUCCCGGAUGUUACUGAUAGUGCAGCUAAUAACUUGGCCAACCGAACAAAUGUGCCUGGAAAUGAAACUGGUCCUAGUUUGUAGACACAACUAGAUGCUCUGAGCAAUGACAAAUAGGUUUUCAUGCAAUGGAAGAAGUCAUUUUCUCGUUCAGUGGAAGGUAGCCCCUUUUUAAGUCCAACCGGUGUGCAGUUCUAACUGGUAGAGUUCCAGAAUGAAGCUGUUUUUUGCGACCGUCAUCAGAAAUGUCGACAAAUGCACAGAUUUUGGUAAUGUAAAGAGAGACCAUAAUUUUCUCCUUCCAAUGUACAUCAAAGAUAGUAUCUAAAAGCAGUUAGGAGCAGACUUUUCCCACCCUCCCCAUGAAGGAUCAAGUUUCUGGCAUCUCAACCGUGUAAUGUGUACUAGACAUAUCAACGUUCUUCAAAUAAUAAAAUAGCGCAAGCAUUUUCUCGUA